AAAGUCGCGGCCACACCGCAACAAGAGCCAACGAACCCGGGGACGGGUGAGAGCGAGCGGCUCGUGCGGAGAGCGAGCGGCACGGCGCUACACAGAGACGCGGACCGGGUCGCCGUGCGCCAUGGCACCGCCGUCGCUGCUCGGCAGCACCGACCUCUGGCGGCCCGUUGCCGCCGCCCGCGGGGGAGGCUGGGCCACGGCCGCCGCGCUCCUCCUCAUCCUCGCCUCCCACCUCGUCGUCCUCCUCGUCCGCCGCCGCCUCCGCCUCCGCCUCCGCGGCGGGGGGCGAAUCGCGCAACCGGAGGCCGCCGUGGCACCCGCGCCUGCCUCCGCGUCCACCGGUUCCGCCUCAGGAAUAGAGGGACUAGUGACGGAGGGCGAUCUGAGGCAGCUGGUGGGCAGUCUGGGCUUGAGCGCGCGUGAGCCAGAGACGCAGGGCUGGGAGCACGUCAUCUCCAAGAGCAACGACGACGUCUCCUACAAGGCCUGGUGCGACAAGCCCACAGCUGGCCCUCCUAAAUAUCUGAGUAUUACAACAUACGAGAGAUGCUCGACUGAGCAGUUGAGGGACUUCUACAUGGAUAAUGAGUACAGAAUGGAGUGGGAUAACACUGUCACAAAACAUGAGCAGCUGCAGUAUGAUGAGAACAGUGGGGUGGAGGUAGGGCGAACAAUUAAGAAGUUUCCACUUCUCACACCAAGAGAAUACAUAUUGGCAUGGCGAGUCUGGGAAGCAGAUGACAAGUCUUUCUAUUGCUUUAUCAAGGAAUGUGAACACCCUCUUGCGGCACGGCAGAGAAAGUUUGUUAGAGUGCGACUUCUAAGAUCAGGAUGGUGUAUUAGGAAAAUCCCAGGCAGGGAUGCAUGCCAAAUCACAGUGCUGCAUCAUGAGGACAAUGGAAUGAACAUAGAGAUGGCAAAACUAGCCUUUUCCAAGGGCAUCUGGAGCUACAUAUGUAAAAUGAACAAUGCUCUACGUCGGUAUCCUCAGCAUCGCAGUCCAUCACUGUCGAUUCUGACCAUGCAGAAACUUAUGAAGAAGUUUCCCCAGGACCUGGAGGCCACCGAUGCAAGCCUUUCUGCUUCACAGAAUACUGCAGCAUCGGUCAUUCCUUCAACACCAACUGCCAGGACUUCACCAUGCAAGCUUCCGGGGAAGAAGUCAUCUCGCCAAAUGAUUGCGAGCGGACUUCUGCUGGUUGGAAGCAUCGUUUGUCUAUCUCGAGGCCGAUCCAACCUCGGGGCGCAGCUCGCGAUGGCCUUCUUCUUGAAGAAGGCCUUCAAGCAAGAGAGGGAAUCAGGCUCAUCGACAUCAAGGGCAAAAACAGACGUGCAUAGAUGCAGGCGGUAGCCGUAUUGGUUUGAUUGAGACGUGCAGAGUACGUAUUAUUAGUAUUUUUUUUUAACCUUUCUCUAAUUGCAGAACACGUGAGUACCCUGUGGGCUGAGUGGAUACAACUGUAAAGAGUUUUCCGGAACUAACUUUGUAAAUAAUCGUUUAGAAAUAACUAGGUAACUGCACACCGUGAACUUUUUCAUCUAAGUCCACAUGAAUAUCAGAAUAUGUUUUCAAGUA